GGGUUCCAGUGUACAAGCAGAAGAAGAAGGCAAGAAUCGUGGUUCGUGCUCAAAGUAUUAAAGCGUACGUUUUUUGACGAAAAGAAAUGCCUAAAGUACGUCGUAGUAGAAAACCGCCACCAGAGGGAUGGGAACUGAUUGAACCAACGCUCGAUGAACUGGAUCAGAAAAUGCGAGAAGCUGAGACAGAACCACACGAAGGGAAACGAAAGACAGAGUCUAUGUGGCCUAUAUUUAGAAUCCAUCACCAGAAGUCUCGCUAUGUUUAUGAACUGUUCUACAGGAGAAAAGCAAUCAGUAGAGAGUUGUAUGAAUUCUGUCUCAAGGAAGGCUAUGCUGACAAAAACCUAAUAGCUAAAUGGAAGAAGCAAGGAUAUGAAAACCUCUGCUGUUUAAGAUGUAUUCAGUGUAGAGAUACUAACUUUGGUACAAACUGUAUCUGCCGUGUACCUAAAGCAAAACUUGAAGAGGGAAAGAUUGUUGAGUGUGUUAUAUGUGGAUGUAGAGGAUGUUCUGGUUAAACGUAGCAGGACAAGCUUUUAGCAGCAGUCAUUCAACCAGGCAAACUGUAACCAAUUGUCAUUAAUGUGGUGUGGAUAACAUAGCGACAGUGAAGAUGUUUCUCGCUAGAGCUAUCAACAAGCACUGAAAAAGAACUUUAGUUUUCUUUGAUUUUUAUUUGCUUUGCCCUUGCAAGGUGAAGAAAAAAUCAGUUAACUUCUAUUAUUUGUCUGGGUCUGUUAUGUUCAGAAGAUGGACAACGCUAUUCACUGGAAAAUCACUCACCAGUGGACAGCUUAGUUUGUUUAGUUAACACUUACCCCUUGGAUAAGGAUUAGUCUUGUGGAUAGCAUAAUCCAGCCUUUGAACUACUGGGCUUUGUAAUAUAAAACUUGCGUUUUUUUGGAUCUACGUUUUGAAUUGUAUUUAUUUUCAGUUUAUUUUUUUCACAGUGAUUUGCUCAAACCUGUGAAAGAACUGUACUCUGGCUAAACAUAGGAAAAUACUGCAUGGCGCAAUUUGUUUUGUAAAUUUUAAAAUAAUCUAAGGCAAAAUUGAAACAGAUUAUCGCAAUUUCAUUACAAAAGGAAGCAUAAAGGGACUAAACUGUUGUAAAAAGAUGGAAAUGUGUAAUAAGACGUGUUGACUAUA